UGCACGUUUUGCGGCGCCAACCAUUCAACAAAAAGCCGAGCGAGCAACUGGUGACAGUUUAGUCAGUCCUACGCUCGCUUUUCUUGACGCUCAGCUCGACUUUAGUUUUUUUUUUUUUAAUUACCUCUUUGAAGUGUCGAAAUGCAGUCCACUCGCGCGCCACUUUCUGCUUACAACGAAAACAAGCUGAACGCCGACGUCAACAAGAUGUCGCUGGGCAAAGAAAACACGCCCCCGAGCCUGAAUUCCUCGCGAAUCCUGGCGUCCAAAACCGCGCGCAAAAUCUUCUCCGAGUCGCCGCUCAAAGGUGCCAAGAAGAACGUCGGAGGUGAGGAGGCGGAGCCUUUGCUGAAGGACAACCCCCGCCGCUUUGUCAUUUUCCCCAUCCAAUACCAUGACAUCUGGCGCAUGUACAAGAAGGCUGAGGCGUCUUUCUGGACAGCUGAGGAGGUGGACCUGUCCAAGGACACACAGCACUGGGAACUUCUGAAAGAAGACGAGAGGUUUUUCAUCUCGCACGUGUUGGCCUUCUUCGCGGCCAGCGACGGCAUCGUCAACGAGAACUUGGUGGAGCGCUUCACGCAGGAGGUCCAGGUGACGGAGGCGCGCUGUUUCUACGGCUUCCAGAUCGCCAUGGAGAACAUCCACUCGGAGAUGUACAGCCUCCUCAUCGACACCUACAUCAAGGACCCCAAAGAGAGAGAAUACUUGUUCAACGCCAUCGAGACCAUGCCGUGCGUCAAAAAGAAGGCCGACUGGGCGCUCCACUGGAUCGGCAACAAGAACGCCACCUACGGUGAGCGUGUGGUUGCCUUCGCCGCCGUGGAGGGCAUCUUCUUCUCAGGGUCCUUCGCCGCCAUCUUCUGGUUGAAAAAACGCGGCCUCAUGCCCGGACUCACCUUCUCCAACGAGCUCAUCAGCAGAGACGAGGGUCUCCACUGCGACUUUGCUUGCCUGAUGUUCAAGCACCUGGUCAACAAGCCGUCCGCCGACACGGUGACGUCCAUCAUCAAAAACGCGGUGGCCAUCGAGCAGGAGUUCUUGACGCAAGCGCUGCCCGUCAAGCUGAUCGGGAUGAACUGUGAGCUGAUGAAGCGCUACAUCGAGUUCGUGGCCGAUCGCCUGAUGAUGGAGCUCGGCUUCGCUAAGCUCUUCAAUGUGGAGAACCCCUUCGACUUCAUGGAGAACAUCUCGCUGGAAGGCAAAACAAACUUCUUUGAGAAGCGCGUGGGCGAGUACCAGAGGAUGGGCGUCAUGGCCACUGGCGCCGACCAUGCGUUCACACUGGACGCCGACUUCUGAACAAUCUGGAGAUACCUCAUGUUCGGUCAAGGACUAGACCAAGGACAUUUUUUUUCAAGGAUUUUUUUUUAUUGUAAAUAUAUAUUUUUUGAUGUAUAAAAGGUGUUGAUGUAUUUAAAUUUUGGUCAUAUUUCACAAUUAAAAUUGUUGUAGAGGAA